AAUGGCGGACCUCUUGUAGCGGUCGAGUGUGAUUACAUGUCACACUUCAAACAUUUUCAGCGGAGUUAUUUUAUGUGUAUUUAUCUAUAAUCUAAAUCAUGUUUUCCAGUUUUGGCCUGCGGACCAUUCUGAAGUCCUCUGUGGGUGUUUUGUGUGAAAGUUCCGCUCUGUUCCCCACGGUGUCGGUCAGACCUUGGAGCUGCUGCGCUUCGGCUCUAUUAUCAGGACCUGAAGUUAGCAAAGGAGUCUUUGCAGUCCCACCACCUGUGAGACAUUAUGCCCGGGUUGCAAAGCGAAAGACGACAGGCCCAGAAAGCCAACUCAGUGAUCUUGCUCCAACAAUGCUGAAGAUGGAGUAUGCACCUGUCCCACUUGCUCAGACGACAGACGAUCUCGUCAAACGUCUUCUUUCACUGGAACUGGCAAGUCAUAAGGAAAAGCUCCAGUUGAAAAAGGAACAACUGAUUGCAAAAGUUCAAAGAGAUGAGAACGAUCGCAAUUCAGUCGAAGUACAGGUGGCUGUUUUGACCGCAAGAAUUCGAAACUAUCAGGAGCAUUUGCAAAAACACCACAAGGACAAAGCUAACAAGAGGCGCAUGCUAAUGGCCAUAGAUCGCAGGAAAAAGCUUCUAAAAAACCUCAGGCUGGUUCGUUUUGACACCUUUGAGAGAGUGUGUGAGCAGCUCGGCAUUGUCUACACCUUCCCUCCAGAAUACUACAGACGGGCAACUCGCCGCUGGCUGGCCAAGAAAGAGUUUUGUAUUAAGGUUUUCAAGGCGGUGCAGAAGCAAAAAGCAGAGCAGAAGAUGAAGCAGCAAAUAUCCACCACAGAGACAAAGGAAGCCAAGGCACCAGAAGCCCAAACAUAAUGAAACAAACUAAUCUGUACAGCUGGCUGCUCUCAAUACUUGGGGCUUAUGUUUGAUUGUUUCAUCUCAGACUUUCACGUUCCAUCUUCUGUGUUUCCAACCUAAUGUUCUUUUAUCUGUCUUACAUUGUCAGCUUUUUGGAAAUAAAAUUUCAAAGAAGUC